AUGUUGGUAUUCGGGAUCGGGAUGAAAACGUUAAUCCCGUCUUCUCUUUCUCUCAAAUCUCAGUCUUUCUGCUUCUCUUCCAACUUAAACUAUCUUCUCUCUAAACUCCGACUAUCCACCAAUUUCUCCUUCACGCUCAACAGGCUCGCUAUAGUUUUCACUCGCGAAUUACAAACGGAGGCGUCUCCGUCGUCUUCCGGUGAGAAACACGGUUUAUCUAGUCCUAUGUUCUCCGGCAAAGCGACCACGAUCCUUCGCCGGAUGCUGGCUGAGAGAAGAAUUGGCAGCUUUCAGGUGGAGGAGGAGCAACAGAGAAAGAAAGAGAAGCUGGACAAGACACUAAAGGGUCUUUGCAUCACAGGGAGAUUGAAAGAAGCUGUUGGUCUACUAUGGCGUUGCGGGCUACAAGUCGAUGCCAAGACUUACGCUGUGCUCUUGCAAGAAUGCAAACAGAGGAAAGAAUACGGGAAAGGGAAACGGAUACACGCUCAGAUGAUUGUUGCAGGAUUUGCUCUGAAUGAGUAUCUCAAAGUCAAGCUGCUAAUACUCUACGCACUCUCAGGAGAUCUUGAAACAGCUGGAGUUCUCUUUCGCUGCUUGGAUUCGAGUGAUGUGAUCCCUUGGAACGCGAUGAUAUCAGGGUAUGUGCAAAAGGGUCUUGAGCAAGAAGGGCUUGAAAUGUAUUAUGAGUUGAGACAACGUGGAUUAGUUCCUGAUCAGUAUACUUUUGCUUCAGUGUUUAGAGCUUGCUCUGCUUUAGCAUCGUUGGAACAUGGAAUGAGAGCUCACGCUGUUAUGAUCAAGAGCCGUGUUGGAUCGAAUGUUAUAGUCAAUAGUGCUCUUGUUGAUAUGUACUUCAAAUGCAGCAGUGUCUCUGAUGGACGCAGAGUGUUUGAUGAGUUCUCAGUCAGAAACGUGGUUACAUGGACGGCGUUGAUGUCUGGUUAUGGUUAUCAUGGACAGGUUUCAGAGGUGUUGAAGUGCUUUGACAAGAUGAAAGAAGAUGGUUGCAGACCAAACUCUGUUACUUUCUUAGUGGUGCUAACUUCUUGUAGUCAUGGAGGUUUAGUUGAUGAAGGCAAGAGGCAUUUUGAUUCGAUGAAGAGAGAGUACGGAAUUGAGCCUGAGGGACAACACUACGCAGCUAUGGUUGAUAUCUUGGGGCGUGCUGGAAUGUUACAAGAAGCGUACGAGUUUGUGAUGAAGUCACAUUGCAAGAAGCAUGCUCCUGUAUGGGGCUCUUUGCUUGGAUCUUGCAGGAACCAUGGCAACGUGAAGCUGCUGGAGCUCGCAGCGACUAAGUACUUCGAGCUGGAUGCGACGAACGGAGGGAAUUAUGUGGUGUUGGCUAAUGGAUACGCGAGUUGUGGGUUCUUGGAGGAUGCUUCAAAGGUUAGGAGGAGAAUGGAGAGUGCAGGGGUUAAGAAAGAUCCAGGGUUUAGCCAGAUUGAGUUACAAGGGGAGGUUCAUAGAUUCAUGAAGGAUGAUAAGUCUCACAGAGACUCUGAGAAGAUAUUCAACAAGGUCCAAGAGUUGGCUUCAUUGUUUAUGGAUGUUGAUUGCUGUUUAGAUGACUUGUUCGCUAGCUGUCCUGUUUAA